AUGCAAGUUCCUGAGAGAUCUGUAUACUCAAAGUCUUCCCAUUUUCUCGGCUUCGAACGGCUGCGUACGUGCGUCAGCAUAGAGCUGAUGAUGGACUAUAACGGUGAAAUCAGACGCCUACGUGUGUCGUACGCAGCCCUCGAGCAAGAACCAACUGACUGCAAGAAUGCCCUGAAAGAAGAGAAACAGAAACAUCGGAAACUGCGCGCGCCGCGCUAUUCCCUCCCUGCCGAAGCCAGACCAACUCUACAAGAAUAUCGUAGCCCGUUGUCACGAAUUCUACGAAUGCACUAA